UCGUAGCUCGUUCUCCCCCCCCCCCCCUGAGUUCCCAGUUGAACGCACUGAAGUCGGAGAUUAUCCAAAUCCGAGUUCCCAGUUGUUUUGAACGCGGCAAAAGGCUUGUGGGUAGCUGUCAGAUAGCUUAGAAGAAUGAAUUUGUUGUGUAACUUUAUAAUGCAUAUUUUUUGUUCGGUACAAACCUGCUCCAAACUUCAGAAGAAAUACCCGUAGACGUUCGUUCUCCAUUUUUUAACUGGAGAUCUGAUCCUGGUAACGCUACUCUGCUAUCGUUUUUUCCACUGCCAUGAAAAUCUUAUCAGCCACGGUUGUUUAAUCGUUUCUGAUGCUCCUCUGCAACCUUUUUUUCCAUUGUACCAAAUAACUCCACAGCUACUGCUGUUAAUCGCUCGGUUCAACAGCUGUACUUUAGACAUUUUGGAAAAAGUACACUUCGGAUGCUCAUAAAUUAAUCAACUAAAGGUAGACACAUUGACCGCAGGCGCAUAGAAUCACUUCCGGCACAAGUUUUUUUGUAUUGCCCUUCAAAAUAGAAAAUAAAAACAUUGAUGUAUUCAAUACAUAUGCGAAAAUAUUAUAAUUAAUAUUAUUGCUCUUAUGUACAACGCUUUUUGAUUUACAGGGAGUGACGUGUUUUGGUUUUCCACCAAAACCUCCGACUGAAUUGUAAUGUAUUUUAAAAUGGCGUUACCCGCUGUCACUCGUACAUUCUUUACUAAUAGGAAUCAAAUAAAGCAAUGUAUGUCAGAGGGCUUCCGCAACCUGUCUUUGGGUAGUCGAGUUCAUGCGAGGACACAAUCAUUGAAAUGUCUGAAAAGGACGACUUCUCAGUCGUAUGCUAUCCAUGCUACUGUGCACAGAAGGUCACCGCUAUACCGCAGCUGCGAAAGCAAUGGCCAUGAAAAUAGUCGUGCUACUAGUAACUGGACUUAUGCAAUGGGGAGUGUAAUUGCGUUCUCUCUCUUCAGCAAAGCUGAGGAGGACACCAGAACUGAUGCCCAGAAGAAAGAAGAUGAGAUUAUUUUACUUUUGAAGAGAGCCAAGCUCAGUAUGAUGCGGGGGCAGUUGCAUGGAGCCAAUGGAUUCCUCCACCAGGCCAUCGCGCUGGCCCAUCAGAGUAACAAUACACAAGCUAUCAUCUACACCUACAGCUUGAUGGCGAACCUUGCCUAUGUCCAAGGUCAGCUGGAUAAUGCAGAGAAACUGUUCAAGGUGGCAAUGAGUUUCAUGUUGUCCGGAGGAACACCACAGGAUGACAAUGGGGUCAUUGAGAUGUCCUUGAAGCUCGCUACCAUAUAUGCCGGCCAGGAGAAGAAUGACUUGGCAGAGAUGGGUUUCCAGUUUUGCACUGAAUCCCUUGAAACCAAGUUGGCGAAAUUCAAGGAACUUCCUGUUGAGGAGCAAUCGGAGGAGUUGCGGAAGGAGACCCGGCUCCUACUGGGCCUGACCCUGGACUCCCACGCCCGCUACAUGGUCGCUAUACACCGCCUGAGCCAGGCGGUGGUGGACUACAAGCGAGCCUUGCUGAUCUGUCAGGAAGAGCAGGGAGAGACUCACCCACAGUCCUUGGUGCUGAUGAGUGACCUGGCCACCAUCCUGGACAUGCAGGGUUGCCACGACGAGGCUCUGUCCCUGGUGAAGCAGGCUGUGGAGCUGAGCAGAGAAGCCGGCCACCCUGACCAACAUGUGCUGCUGGGAAACAUGGCAGGCAUCCUACUGCACAAUGAUCUUUUUGAGGAGUCUGUGAAGCUGUACAAGGAGGCCCUGGCUCUGGCCCAGUCUGCAGGAGAUGAAGAAGCACUGGAGCAGAUCCAGGAGGGACUGAAAGAGGUGGGAAACAGGAGGAAAGCACAGAAGGCAGAAGCAGCCAAGAAUAAGACCGACUGACCGGUUGGAUCAACUAAACUAAUCUUAUUAACACAACCCCCAAGCAAUCUCUCUUAACUUGUCUGUGCUGAAGGGAUCGGAGUGGUCAUUGUUAGCACAAGUUAUGGAGUACAGGGCAUUUAGCUCAGAAAGAGAAGAACAACAACACUCCCAUCGUAACAGAUGUCUUGGAACAGUUUCUUACACUGGGCAAUUAACAAUUAUCUGUGAAACCCCAAUGAUGUUGUCUGUAUUGUGGGAAAUCUCACUCCUUCAAUGUGGUGUCUGUCUGUUGUCAGAUUGGCAUUAAGAUGUAAAGGGACCACCUCAGGGCUUAAUUAAGUCCAUGGCCAGAAUUCAAUCAAAAGGUGUGUUGUCGACAAGCGUAAUUGCACUUGGCUUUUCAAUUAUGACUUUAUAUUUACAUUUGUGCUGGCAUCUUCAGAGUUUGUCAUGAAUGCGAUCUCUCCACGAACGUCGAGGGGAAAUGCCCUUUUACAAAAGGCACAUUGUUCGACAGAGCGAUUGAUGACAAUGUGUGUUGUUUGAAUUCCCUCCUGAAUGAUGGCGCCUUAGUCUGACUUGCCAUUGCUGUCUGAAUCACUAAAUGAAACUAAGAUAUGUUGUAUGGGCUAGAAUGGGACAUAGGACUUAACUGCACGGCAGCUUCAAUAGUGAACGGCCUAAUCAAUAACCUUUUUGUGAACAGAGAUGUAUCAUAAAAACUGUCUUUAAGAUGGUAAAAACUGUAUAUAUAUUACAUACAGUGCAUUUGGAAAUAAUUCCGACCUGGACUUUUUCCACAUUUUGAUGCGUUAUAUCCCUAUUCUAAAAUGAAUUAAAUAGUUUUUCCCUUCAUCAAUCAAUACU